CAAUGGCUAGAAGCAGAUCGUCAUGGCCACAGCCAAGAUGCUGCCAAUACGACUUCAGGUGAAAAUUUUGACCAGAGUCCUUUGAGAAGAACAUUCAAGUCCAAAGUUCUGGCCCACUACCCGCAGAGUGUGGAAUGGAACCCUUUCGACCAAGACGCAGUGAGCAUGCUGUGCAUGCCCAAAGGACUGUCCUUCCGAACUCAAGCAGACGAGAGGGAGCCUCAGUUCCACUCGUUCAUCAUCACCCGGGAGGACGGCUCCCGCACCUAUGGCUUUGUGCUGACCUUCUUUGAGGAGGUGGCCAGCAAGCAGAUAUGCACGGCCAUGCAGACGCUUUACCAGAUGCACAAUGCCGAGCAGCAGGGCAGCGCCUCGUCCUCCUGCAGCCUGGACUCUCUGGCCAGCAGCCUGGACGACGGAGAUGCCAUGUCCCUUCAGAAGCUCCAGCGCGACAACUCCUACGACAUCACCAGGGACACCCUGUAUGUGUCCAAGAGCAUCUGCCUCAUCACGCCGCUGCCCUUCAUGCAGGCUUGCCGCAAGUUCCUCUCCCAGCUGCACCGCGCCGUAACCUCGCAGCAGCCCCCGCCCCUGCCUCUCGAGAGCUACAUCCACAAUGUCCUCUACGAGGUGCCGUUGCCACCUGCGGGCCGAUCCCUUAAGUUCUACGGGGUGUAUGAGCCCAUCAUCUGCCAGAGGCCGGGACCCGACGAGCUGCCACUGUCCGACUACCCGCUGCGGGAGGCGGUGGAGCUGCUGGGGCUGGAGAACCUGGUGCAGGUGUUCACCUGUGUGCUGCUGGAGAUGCAGAUCCUGCUCUAUUCACAAGAUUACCAGCGCCUGAUGACUGUGGCCGAAGGUGUCACUGCGCUCCUGUUCCCUUUCCAGUGGCAACACGUCUAUGUGCCCAUCCUCCCCGCCUCCCUGCUGCAUUUCCUCGAUGCUCCAGUCCCCUACCUGAUGGGUCUUCAGUCAAAAGAAGGAACUGACCGCUCCAAACUGGAACUUCCUCAGGAGGCCAACCUGUGUUUUGUGGACAUUGACAACCACUUCAUUGAGUUGCCGGAAGAAUUCCCUCAGUUCCCCAACAAAGCUGCGUUCAUCCAGGAGCUCUCCGAGGUGCUGCUGCAGUUUGGGAUUGCGCCCGAGGGCCGGCUGCAGGGCCGUGAGAGCGCCACCAAGCUGCAGAACCUGGUCCUGAGUGACUUGGUCAUCGACAAGAAGAAUGGCAACGUGGCCCCCAGCGACAUCAACGUGUACAACCUGCUGCGGGGCAACGAGACCCUUGCCCGCCUGCAGGCCCUGGCCGAGCGGACCGGGGUGGCCGUGGAGAGCGUGGGCCUUGCUGGCUCCCUAGGCGACAAAGAUGUGAAACUGCAGUGUGAGAGGGCUGAGCUGCGGGACCACCAGCUCAACGUGCAGCUCCGGGAGGUGUUUGCCAACCGCUUCACACAGAUGUUCUCGGACUACGAGGCCUUCGUCAUCCAGACAGCACAGGACUUGGAGUCCUGGUUGACCAACCGCGAGCAGAUGCAGAACUUUGACAAAGCCUCCUUCCUAUCUGAUCAGCCGGAGCCUUACCUGCCCUUCCUUUCACGCUUCAUUGAAACACAGAUGUUUGCCACCUUCAUCGAUAAUAAAAUCAUGUCUCAGUGGGAAGAGAAGGAUCCUCUGCUGCGGGUCUUUGACUCCCGAAUUGAGAAGAUCCGCAUGUACAAUGUGAGGGCGCCCACCUUGAGGACAUCCAUUUACCAGAAGUGUAGCACCUUGAAGGAAGCAGCUCAGUCAAUUGAGCAGCGACUGAUGAAAAUGGAUCACACAGCAAUCCACCCACACCUACUGGACAUGAAAAUUGGCCAAGGCAAAUACGAGCAAGGCUUCUUUCCAAAGUUGCAGUCUGAUGUCUUGGCGACGGGACCAACUAACAACAACCGCCGGGUCAGCCGCGCCACCACGCAGCGCAGGAAGGACCGGCUCCGCCAGCACCCCGAGCACGUGGGGCUAGACAACGACCUGCGUGAGAAAUACAUGCAAGAGGCACGAAGCUUAGGAAAAAACCUGAGGCAACCCAAACUGUCAGACCUCUCUCCCGCAGUGAUCGCACAGACCAACUCCAAGUUCGUCGAAGGCUUAUUGAAAGAAUGCAGGAUGAAGACCAAGCGCAUGCUAGUGGAGAAGAUGGGCCAUGAGGCCGUGGAACUUGGCCAUGGAGAGGCCAACAUCACCGGCCUGGAAGAGAACACCUUGAUCGCCAGCCUCUGUGACCUGCUGGAAAGGAUAUGGAGCCACGGCCUGCAAGUCAAGCAGGUGGGUCCAGAAGGCCCUGUCCCAAGGUUGAGAAUGGCCCUUGGACCAGAAAGAAGGAAAUCGGACUCAGGAGCCGUGUUGCCGACGUUGAGGGUCUCUCUCAUCCAGGACAUGAGGCACAUCCAGAGCAUGAGCGAGAUCAAGACUGAUGUGGGGCGUGCGCGGGCCUGGAUACGGCUAUCUCUGGAAAAGAAGCUCCUGUCCCAGCACCUCAAACAGUUGCUCUCCAACCAGCUGCUCACCAAGAAGCUCUACAAACGCUAUGCUUUUCUGCGUUGCGAGGAGGAAAGAGAGCAGUUCCUCUAUCACCUUCUUUCACUCAAUGCCGUGGACUACUUCUGCUUCACCAGUGUGUUCACCACCAUCAUGAUUCCAUACAGGUCAGUGGUCAUCCCCAUCAAGAAGCUGAGCAACGCCAUCAUCACAUCCAACCCUUGGAUCUGCGUCUCAGGGGAGCUCGGGGACACGGGCGUCAUGCAGAUCCCCAAAAGCCUGCUGGAGAUGACCUUUGAGUGCCAGAACCUGGGGAAGCUGACCACCGUCCAGAUUGGUCACGAUAACUCAGGGCUGCUGGCCAAAUGGCUCCUGGACUGUGUCAUGGUCAGGAAUGAAAUCACAGGACACACGUACAGGUUCCCAUGUGGGCGCUGGCUAGGGAAGGGUGUCGAUGACGGCAGCCUGGAGAGGAUUCUGAUAGGAGAGCUGAUGGUGCCGGCAGCAGAAGAGGACCUGGCCAAGCAGUGUCGGACACCCCCCCAGCAGAAAUCACCCACCACAGCCCGGAGACUGAGUGUCACCUCGCUGACGGGAAAGAACACCAAGCCCAACGCGGGACAGAUCCAAGAGGGAAUCGGGGAAGCUGUUAACAACAUCGUGAAACAUUUUCACAAGCCCGAGAAAGAGAGGGGGAGCCUCACCGUGCUGCUGUGCGGCGAGAACGGGCUGGUGGCGGCCCUGGAGCACGUCUUCCAUCAUGGCUUCAAGUCUGCCCGCAUCUUCCACAAGAACGUCUUCAUCUGGGACUUCAUAGAGAAAGCGGUCGCUUGUUUUGAAACUACUGACCAGAUUCUAGACAGCGAAGCUGACGUCCUCCUCCAGAAGUCAUCCAGCAGAACCUUCUGCCACUAUGUCAGCGCCAUCAACACCGCGCCCAGGAACAUUGGGAAGGACGGCAAAUUCCAGAUUUUAGUUUGCCUGGGAACAAGGGACCACCUGCUCCCCCAGUGGAUCCCGCUGCUGGCCGAAUGUCCCGCCAUCGCCCGCAUGUACGAGGAGAGCGCCCUGCUGCGGGACCGCAUGACCGUCAACUCUCUCAUCCGUGUCCUGCAGACCAUUCAGGACUUCCCCAUCGUCCUGGAAGGGUCCCUCAUCAAAGGCGUGGACGUGUGACCCCUUGGCUCGGACCCCCGUCCAGACCCUGGUUCCCAAGCCUCCCCCUCGAAGGCGCCGACUGAGCAUCUUGUGAGCCCCUUGAGGAGCGGCCCCCACCAGAACAGCCCUCGCGCUGCAGACAAGGCAAAACACUGCAUUGUAGUUCAUUUGAACCCGGAAUUUAGUAUAAAAUAGAGUAUUUUCAUGUGGUAGAUGUGUGUAAAUAUGCUCUCUUCUUGAAGAAAUUAUAUUACUCUAAUAAGAUACUUUUCUUAGAUGGAAUAUUCCUGUGACUUAAAAUUAGUAGCUUAAAAGCGUAGGGAGCUGGGGGUGGGGGCAGAGCUGAGCUAGUCAGGAACAAGCCAGGAAACCUGUGGACACAGUGGGCCAGCAGCUUCCAUGCCUCUGACUGUGAAUGUAAAUGGUGUCACCUACAAGCGAGCUGGAGUCCUCGCUGGUGUCUUUUAAGUUAUAAAUUACUUCAUACAUUUGAAUUGAGUCACUUCUCCAGACUUCUGGGAAAAAACUUCCAUCCACAAGAUGAAGCUGUAAUUCAGAUAUUUGAGUCCUGACCCCAAGGAGCUUGGCUGAAGAACUGGCAAGAGAACACACAGAGCGCCAAGAGUGUGUUCUGUGGUGGGAUUAUAACUUCUUUACACUGUGGAAGAUUAGCCCGGACUCACUUCAUUCUUGGCAUUUUUACUCUUGUUAUUUGAGGUACUUUGGGGAGAUGCAAGUUUCAUAGUGUUGGCCUCGUCGUCCUAAGGACCACAAACAGCAAUAGUAUCCAGCCCUUUCCUUCACCACCCUCCCGUCUGGAGCCUGCCUGCGGCCCCCCCAGGAGAGCUGGAUCAUCCAGCAUAGGUGUCCCUCCCCGACCCCCUGCCUGUCCCCCCAGACAUUCCCCCCAAGAAUGUCUCGGAAACUUUUUGUUGACUCUCAAAAUGCAUAUAACAGGAGGGGAAGAAAGAACCAGCCCCUCGUGGGGUUUCAGGGCCAGACUUAGGCUCCUCCAUGAGCAAGCCUGGGUGUUGGUAUCGAGCAGCUGCCCUGAAGCCCCCAAGGGCACAGUCUUGGAAAAUGGAAGCGAAAGCAGAGCCACAGUUGAAGAGAGCAAGGGCUGUGAGUGGCUGCAGCUGGGCGUUUUCUCAGGAAGUCCCACAGAUGCCAUGGCAGCUGGUCACCUCAGCCAGGGCUGCUGCCAGACAACGCCUCCCCAGGUGGCCAGGGGCUUGGGAAGAAGAGCUGUAUUGAGGGAAAGGCAAUGAGGGAGGGUCUUGGCCCUGCUCCUGAAAAGCUGGGCAGCCCAGCAGAGGACUGUCACAGCCUCCUCGUCUCGUGGGUGGGAACACAUCAGAACCAGAGAGACUCAGUGCUGCCCCACAGCUGGCCAGUCACCAUGCAGAUCUAACUUGUGUCUUUCAGUUACACCAGGCUACGUGAGGCCAGCCUCCAGGACACUCGUAUCAGUAGUAAGUAUUUGUACUCUUGGAUCUUGAUUCACUCGGCUACACAGCUAGGAAACAAGAACCAGCACUCUCUAUGAUAAUCGUGCAUAAGCAUUAAUAUUCAUUUGAACACAUUGUUCCCCCAAUGGUUGAGAAAGAGUAUCACUUGUGAAAACUGAAAGCAAGAUUGGAUUUGGGAGCCUGUAGAUAAAACUAUUACUUUAAAAAAUAAUACACCUCCCCCCCUCACCCCACCCCGUUAAAACUCCCAUUUUGCUCCACUUUGCAUAGCGAGAGACUGAUUUCAAAAGAAACUCACAGGCACUGACAGCCAGGACAGGCCAGAUGCUUCUGGGGAUCCAGGUUCCUGAGGGUGCCACUGGCCCCCCCUACCUGGUCCUGGUGGGGGCAAAUCUUGGCUUUUCAGAAGACACUUAGCACUCAUAAACAAGAAGAGCCCAUGGGAGCCAAGCUGAUGAGUGAAAAGGAUGUAGCAUAAGCUACAUCCGGGCUCACCUGAGACAUCAUUAUUAAAAAAAUAGGACUCAGGCCUGUUCUGUCUGACCAGGGCCCACAUGUUUUGAGGGCAGCAGCCGAAUCCUUGGAGAAAAAGUACCCGGCAGCCCUCCAGGGAAGCUGGCUUAGGAUGACCACACACCAGGCCUCUCUGCCCUGCCAACUUUCCAAAUUAGCAUCUGGCUCUAUGGGCAAGCCUCAAGAUGAAAGUAAAUAAAAGUCCAUUUUCAUUAACUCCCCUCCGCCCCCCGCCCCCCGCCAACAAACUAAAAGUAAUGCUUAGAAUCAUUACUAGUAUUAGUAGUGUAUGAAGUAGUUUUAAAGUUAAAUUGCCACGAACAUCACCUCUUGAGUUUUCCCAGUGUCUGGAGGCCUCUUUGGCUGUACUCUGUGGUGAUACGGGCACUGGCAUUGCUGUGCAGACCUAAGGCGGGGCCGGCACACCAGCGCUGGAGGCCACACAUCCCAGGGUGACCUAGACAGGAGGGGCUCGAGGUGGGGGAGCUCCAAGCCCUGCCCACCUCCUCUGCCCAGCCAGAGUUCAUACAGAAACCCCAAACAAAAGUUUACCAUUUCCCUCUAAAAUGUUUCAUGUUUUUGUCCCUUUUGUGACUCUGUGGUGUUUACUUUAAAGUAGAUUGUUGUUGUUGUUUUAAAUUAUUUUAAUGAAGUUGUCACACUAUGAUGGUCUGGAUGAUAUUGGCACUGGACAGCCUGUUUCCUUUUUUGGCAAUAAAGCCCGGUUAUAAGUGGGAGUGGAAAGGGGGAAAGACCGUCCCUCCCAGCUCCGUGAGCCUGUGCUGACACCUUUAAGACAUUUGGAAACGUGUGGCCACAGGCCAAGACCAGCUUUGAGUGUCCCUCUUCUUGAUGAAAUAACUUCUAAGAAAUUGUGACUUUCACUUAGAGAACUGUGAGUAUUUUCUCUGUAAGGUUUACAGAAACUAGUCUAUCCUCACCUUGCGAGGGGCUGUCUGAAGCACAGCUGCUUCUCUUUCAGUGUUAACACACCUUCACUACUUGAGAAUGGAGGCUUGAGCUUUUCUCUACUUUUAUAAAGUGCACCCUGUCUCCCAAUCAACCAGGUCUUUUGAAGUCUAUGAGUAUUUGUUUCUUCUAUGAGUAUUUCGUUCAUUUAAUAUAUAAAAAAAAAAAAAGAAAAACAGCUAAUGAGGUAGGGUCCCUUCUUUCUACUAAAAUGUAUUAUGAAUCUCAUAAGCUAAUGCCCAAGGUUUUGGAAGAGGAGGCUGAUGGGUGUGAUGAGAAGACUUACUGAAGCUGACUAUCCUUGCAAGGAUACAUUCUGAUGAGCUUCAGAGAGAAAAUACUGGACAAUUAUUAACCAGAGUGAAAAAAAAUCACAAAAUGUAUUCUCGUUUGGAGGAAUCCAGGGUAUCCUUGGGUUAUGGGGCAGGAAUCACAGCUGGUCCAUUUACUUAAUGUGUGCGUGUGGGUCCUGCCCUUAUUCCCAGUACCACAGCUGUUCGCAGUAGAGCGGUAUGGGAAGGUGUUUCUGUUGUCAAGCCAAUAAGGGUGUUCGAUAUACAGAAAAACUCCUCUGUGUCACGCCUGAGCCAUGUAGAAAUGUGUCCUGUGUAUCUUUUUUUUUUCCAAAUGAGUAUUUCUGCACUUAAAUUAUAUUGUUUUUCUUUGUAUUGUUAACAAAAUGCACCAUAACUGGAUUUUCUUUUCCUCAUCUGAACAUAAUAUAAAAUGUAAAGAGUAUUGUGAUACCCAGCACUUUAACAUACAUAUCAGAGAAACUCACCUGGGUUUUUCAGGUUUUGAAGUACAUUUAAAUAUGACUUUUCAUGCUUUGUUCUUUACAAAUAAAACUGUGGGG